GAGAGGGCGGGGUUAGGAGAGGUCACGGUUUCGCUGCCGGGUCACGCGGCCUUGCCCCACAGGCUCCGCCGCUCUGCACCGGCAUCGUUGUCGAGACCUCGGCAUCCCUCCGCGCGGGUCCCCGCCUCCUCCUCCUCCUCAUUAUUCCGCACAACUCGCGCGUGCGUCUCUCUUCGCUCUUCUCCGUCGUCGUUAAAACAUUCCUCCUGUGGCGGCGGCGGGAGUGAGGGCGGUCUCUGUCCGCCUUCGCACGCCCUCCCCGUCUGGAUUCGCUCCCCAGUCCCCCGCGUGUUGUCGCAGGGUUUUUUUUAGGCAAGCCGCAGGCUUCCCUCGGUUCAAUUUCCACAAGUAGGCCCCACCCUCCCCCCUCAUCCUCUCCCGCGUCGGAGACUGUUGAUCCGUUUUUAAACACAAUAAUAAUAAUCAUAACGAAUUUGACCAUCGACAAGUCGUCGCCCGGUCCACUCGUCUCUCUCGCAGGUCAGGGGUCGGCCACCUGCUGAGCCGCCCGCGUGGCUCUUGAACGACUGCGGAGUCGCGGCUCUCUGAGGCACCGCGCCCCGCCACUCCCCCGCGCGCCGAUGGCGGCGCUCUGCGCGGAGGCGGUGCUGGACCCGCGCGAGGACUUCCCGGCGUGGCUCGGCGCGCACGGCGUGAGCGCUCGCGUGCUCGAGGCGGUCGAGGCCGAGCUCGGCAUCGGCGACUACGAGGCGCUGCUGGCGUGCGCCGCCCAGGCGCCCGUGCGCGCCGAGCUUCUCGCCGCCGCCAAGGAGCGACUGCCCUUCGCCUUCUACGCCGCCCUGCGGCGCGUCGCCGAGCAGGUGGGGCGCGGCGCCGGCGGUUGCGGCGGAGGGCACCACGACGGGCCGUCGGACGGAUACGCGACCGCCGACGGCCCCUUCUACCAGUCGCUCUUCAGCAGCCUGCUGGGCGCCAUCGUGGUGAUGCUCAACAACCUGAGCUGCGAGCUGCUUCGAUCGGCCGAGCGGUUCACGUCGCUCGAGCGCCUGGUCAACGCCGGCGGCGGCGGCGUCGGCGUCGCCGGCGGCAUCGGCGGCGACGCCGACGACAUGGGAGAGGAAGCUGACCUCACUCCGUGCAGCACAGACGAGACGGAGGAAUCGAUGGACGAGCACAAGUACGGCGGCGAGGACGAUGGCGAGGACGCCCUCGGGGUAGCACCGCCCCCCGCAGAGCCCGGGAGGAUGGCCGAGGAACUGUACCCAGACGAGGCGGAGGGGUACACGGAGGGCUACUCGGAGGGCUACGGCGAGGCGUACGGACACUCGCCGAAAGCGCAUGCUGAGCAUGGAGCGCCCCCCCGGCACUUCCCCCGCGUGAAGCAUGAGCCGCAGGAAGGGUUCAGCGAGGACGAGGACGGUGCCUGCCCCGUGCCCGAGCCGAGCCUGCGCUGGCAACGACGCGCGGGCGUCAGGGGCUUGGCGGGCGGACACGGUGGGCCACGCGCCAUCGUCAAGAAGCGAACCAGGAGCCCCGAGGGCGACGGGGCCGCCGCUCCGCCGCCGCCGCCGCCGCUGCCGCUCCAUGGACAGCAGCACCAGCAGCACCAGCAGCAGCACUUCAACGCGUACGGCGCGGGCAGCAGCCACGGGGAGGCGCCGCUCAACGGGCAGCGCGACGGCUUCGCCAAGGCGGAGGGGCACGUCGCGGAGCACGAGCAGGGAGACUGCGCCGGCGAGGCUUCGGGCCACUGUCCCCACGGCGUCAACCACUCGGACCACCACCACCACCACCAGCAGCACCACCACCAGCAGCAGCAGCAGCAGCAGCCGCACCUCUUCCCCAGCGUGCGCUUCCCGCACAAGCUGCUCAACCACCACUACGCGUGCGGCGACGGCGCCGACCCCUCCGCCGCGCUCCAGCACCGCUCCCUCCCGCGCGCCGACGCCGCCGACGCCGGCGCCGGCGGUGCAAGCGACCUCGACGGGCCGGCCGCGUCGUCGCCUUCGGCGGCUCCCGCCGACGGCGGCGACCUCGACGGGAGCGGCGGCGGCGGCGGUGGCGGCGGCGGGCUGCUGUGGCCGGCGCUCGACGAUUACGGGAAGGUGUACCAGUGCGACGACUGCGGCAAGGGCUUCCUCAACCGCAGCUACCUGUACGUGCACCGGCGCAAGCACACGGGCGAACGCCCCUACGCCUGCGACGUGUGCGGGCGCCGCUUCUCCGUCACCUACAACCUGGCGCGGCACAAGAAGACGCACACGGGCGAGAAGCCGUUCGUGUGCCGAGAGUGCGGCCUGGCGUUCCGCCUCAAGCACCACCUGCUGCGGCACGAGAAGAAGCACUCGCUGGCGCUGGACGGGGAGCCGAUGGGGCCCGACGGGGCGGCGCUGGACGGGGCGGCGCUGGACGGGGCGGCGCUGGACGGGUCGGCGUCGGCGGGAGAGGCCGGCGAGGGAACGGCGGAGGCCACGGAGGCGAUGAUGUACGACGUGACUCACCUCCACCCGACGGGCUGAUGGUAGCGCCCCAUGCCGCCACCACCACCGAGGUGGCCUGCGAUUGGGGGUGGGGGUGUGUGUAGUUGUGACCAAGACCAGGAUUGGUGGUACCACACGGCGGUGGUAUUGGUGGUACCACACGGUGGUGGUAUUGGUGGUACCACACGGUGGUGGUAUUGGGGGUACCACACGGUGGUGGUAUUGGGGGUACCACACGGUGGUGGUAUUGGGGGUACCACACGGCGGUGGUGGUGGUGGUAUUGGCAAUGCGAGACGGAGCCAUGCGGAAUGUCUACGCGCGCCUGGGGGGGGAGCGGUGGUGUAGCGGUUAGCACUACGAGCCAGGCAACCCCGAGUUCGAUUUCUGCUCACGGCCAACACCGGUGAUGUUUAUCUGAACUGGUUCUGGGCCUCCCCUAGGUCGA